GCGGCUGGGACCACCUUCGCAGGCACGCGAGCCAGCUUGGAAUUUACCACAAAUUCGCACCCAUCGAUGGCCAUCGUGGCUGGGAUGACGCAUGGAAAUGCUCUGGAAAAGCAAUUUCGGGCUGCCGAUGGGUUGCGAGUUUCGCCAAUUAACAAUGGCACAACGUUAAUCGAAACGAAGUACAGUUUACCCGGCUUCGCCAGAAGCCUCCCGACCGCAGAUGGCCAGCACAUGCUAAUAGCGCCACAUCUCUCGGUUGCUCGCACCAAACGUAGUUUCUCUGGCCCAUAAACUGACUGCCAACUAACUACCGACUUCUGUCCAUUUGUGGAUGCCUCCCGUUGAGUCGGGACGUGGACGUGGACGUGGACGUGGACGGCGACGGGAUGGGCACGGAGAUCGAGAAACCGGCAGGCAACCAUUCAGGCAGCAGGCGGCGGCAAAAAGUGGCAAAUGUAAUUUAAUAAAUUAAUUACAUCAAUUAGCUGCUGCAUUUUUAUUGAAAUUGCUGUAAAUAUUGGGCUAGACAACUCGAGCAGCCAGCAGCAGCCAUUUUGCGGGGAUUUAUGGGGCAUUUUUCAUCGCCGUUCGCCGGAGGAGAGUCUAACUUAUGGCGAAUUUAUGCGACGUGGUCCGGAGGAGUGUACUCCUGGCAUGGGACCAAAUGAAGGCGCUUUGUAUUGAUUAGCGUGCGGUGAUCCGGACAAGUGGCCCACUGCCUGGCGGGCCGGACCAUGCGAUCUAAAACAAUUUUCCAGCGGCAGACCGCACGGAGCGAAGUCAAGUGCCCCAUCCCAUCCGCACGCCGGAGCAGAUGGCUUAAUUUACGGUGUCGCGCGCGGACGUGACUGAACUGCUACCACCUCCAUCUGCAUAAUCAGCUGGUUACUGACCACUGGGCACUCGAAAUGGCCGCAAUCCCUCGAGCAUUAGAACAGUGGCUGCAUAUUGAUGGAGCGCCAAGUGCACUGCUCCAAAGGUGCAUUAGCUGAUUGAUUUGAGCUUCGGCCUUUGCUUUGCUUUUCGGGUCAAUGUCAACGUUGUUUUCGGUGGGACGCACUAUCCGAAUCUUAAGCAGCUUGUAUAAAAUUGGGCCCCGCCGCCCCAGCGCCACAUAUUCAUCGCAAUGGCGCUCAGCUCGACGGUUGUCUCUCUUCUCGCCGGUUUGCUCCUCCUCAGCCUCGCGCGGGCAGAUGUGGGCGUGGCCACGCAGCGUCUUCGCCCAGCGGAGCAGCAGAAAUCGGCCCUGUAUCCAGCAGCCGGCUUUAAGCCCUCUAGACAGUUUGGCCUCCCGGCAACCGCCCAGCAACCGAAAUCCGCCCGUCUUGUGGCCAACAGUGAGGCGCAGGAGGAUCUCGACGACGCCGCCGAGGAGGUGGAGGUGACCCAACCCAAGGCAGUUCCUGUGCCACGCCUAGUUCCUGCUCCAGGGCCAGCAUUACCGGUAACUCCCACCAUCGCAUACUAUCCGGCCGGAGCCGUGGGAUUCGUCCAGCCAUCAACUUUCGCCAAGUUCAUCGGGGGCCCACAGCAGGCGGCACCAUAUGUAGCUGCGCCGCAGUACUACCAAGCCUAUUUUGGAUAGACAUGAACAGAUACAGGUGCAGAUACAGAUACAGAUACAACUACAGAUACAGAUAUAAAUUAACUUAGAUAACUUAAAUUGUUAAGCCUGGCCUGUUCCACACAGACAGUAAUCCCAUUCUACAUAUAUUUACUCGGGAUCUUUAUCGGAGUCCAUCAUACAUAUGUCCAUCUGUCCGUAUGAACGUAGAAAUAUCUGAAAUUAUAAGAACGAGAAGAUUCAGUUUGUGUCAGAACAAUUCAAUUUCAAUUUCUUAUUUAUUGGUGCAUUUCUCUUGGCAAAAUCUAUCGAUACGCCAACAAAAUUUUAUUUUUCCAAGUUACCCCUGAUAUGUGUUUCAGUUGAAUAACAGAAUCUACAAUCCUGAUCAAGACUAUAUUUGACCUAGUUUUUGUUAUUUGGGCCCAAAUAAAACAGCUAACUUACUACGACAUCUGAAAGCCCUUUAUUGAUGUUUUUCCCAUUUCGUUACUUAUAUUUUGGUGGUUUUAUUUUGAAUUACAUACAUAUGUCGGCUGAUUAGCUAGUGUUGCCAAAUUCGAGAAAUAAAUUUCCUGCUCAAUGUCUAGUUCGAAAUUCGCAUCAAAUAUAGCGGUAUAUUGCACAAAACUUUCAACAUAUGAGUGGCAUGGAAUGAUUUGUAAAAGAGGACUUGCUACCACUGAAACUACUUCCUAGUUGCCAGAGGUACUUGCGUUUAAUUGUUCCUUUGAUCAUUCGCAUGGUGCGAUCGGAGGCCAGUCGACGAAGCAUGCUCCAUCAAAACGCCAAAUCCUCCGACGACAGCAAUUCUGGCUGCUGGCCAAACGGUAGGACGUUUAGGCAGAGGAGAGUAGGCUGGGGAGGUGGAGCUCUGACAAUGAGUGAGCAGCGAUAAUCUAUUAUGACCGUAACAAGAAAUAAAUCCCAACUCGGUAA